CGCAUGUACGCCCGCGUCAUCAUCGUGAAAGCGUUUGGCACAGAUGAUGCCCUUAUGCUGGCGGCGACGGUGAGAAACCACGCCAAAUCUUACCUCGUCCCACUCUUGAGACAUUGCCUGAUCAUGCCUAGCUAGACCUGUGUUUUUCUCGGUGGCAUGGUGACCUACAUAUUAGCCGCCCAGCACGGCUUGGGUCACCACACCGACACCAUCGAGGAGAAAGAUUACUACGAGUACCUGAAGAUGACCUUUAUACAAGCCAUCGUCUCUACGAUUGGCGGCAUGGCCUUCCUCAAGCUAUCCGUGGCGUUCUGCCUCCUUCGCCUUCGUCCUCCCCCUUUGUACAAGAGAAUGCUCUGGGCACUUAUUGCCUUCGUUUGCCUCUACACACUAGUCUCGUAUGGUGAAUGGGCCGCCGUCUGCAAGCCUGUAUCCGGCUUCUGGAACAAAGCCCUCAAGGCAAAAUGCUUGCCUGCAAAGGUUCAUAAAGGUUUUGCGCUAAUGAAUACAACCUGCAACAUCUUUACCGAUAUAAGUUUUGCAUCUAUUCCUGUGCCUAUAAUAUUGGGUUUGCAAAUGAAAAAGAAAACCCGCAUUUACCUCAUCUUCGUUCUAAGCUUGGGCUACGUGGCGGUAGCAAUAGGCAUCGUCAAGGCAGUGAUGCAAAACAUAAAGAGGGGUGAUCCCGACCAGUCAUUUACGAACGAUAUACAGUUCUGGGGUUUCAUCCAGGUAAACGUCGGUAUCAUAGCCGCGUGCGCACCCACACUCAAGCCCCUCCUUGGUGGUGUUCUCCGUCUUCCAUCGACCCAGCAGUCCAAGAGUCGAAGCAAUACCGGAACAGAUGGUUACCUCAACAAAAGUGGAAUUCAGAGCAGGAUUAGGGUCAGCACUCGGGUUAGCAUUGCACAUGGGGUUCAGAACAAGAACAAUGGGUGGGUGCGGGCAGGUAGUGAUAUCGAGCUGGAUGAUGGAGGAUCGUUCAACAGUGAGACGAAUAUAACGACCAAAUAACCUUGGGAAGGAAGGGCUCUGUAAUUACUCACAGAUUAAUUCUACUAAAGACCCC